CCCACCCCAAAUUCUCCCUGUCCCACCCUAGUGGCCCAGGCCACCCUGGCCUGCUCCCUUCCGCAAGGCACCUCACCUUCUGUGCCCAGACCAUUACCCAACGCAGUGACCCUGACCCCGGCCCAGGCCCUGCUAAUGAAAAGGAAAGCCCGUACGCACUCGGCCUGACCCACGGCGACCUUCUGUGACCAAUCAUACUACCAACCUCUUAAACAGAGCUCCACUGACGCAAUGCCCAAGCAUAAAAAGGCCAGGCCGGAGAGACCGCCACCAGUCACGGACCCUGGACCCAGAGCACCCGCACCAUGGCCGGCCCCAGCCUCGCCUGCUGUCUGCUCGGCCUCCUGGCGCUGACCUCAGCCUGCUACAUCCAGAACUGCCCCCUGGGAGGCAAGAGGGCCGCGCCGGACCUCGACGUGCGCAAGUGCCUCCCCUGCGGCCCCGGGGGCAAAGGCCGCUGCUUCGGGCCCAAUAUCUGCUGCGCGGAAGAGCUGGGCUGCUUCGUGGGCACCGCCGAGGCGCUGCGCUGCCAGGAGGAGAACUACCUGCCGUCGCCCUGCCAGUCCGGCCAGAAGGCGUGCGGGAGCGGGGGCCGCUGCGCAGUCUUCGGCCUCUGCUGCAGCCCGGACGGCUGCCACACCGACCCUGCCUGCGACAUGGAAGCUACCUUCUCCCAGCACUGAAACCUGAUGGCUCCGAACACCUUCGAAGCGCGCCACUCACUUCCCCCAUAGCCACCCCAGAAAUGGUGAAAAUAAAAUAAAGCAGAUUUUUCUCCUCUA